AAGCUUCUUUUUCUUUUCCACCACUUAAAAUUAAUAAAAAAGCCAUAAUAAAAUUUAUUCCUUAUGUGUAUCCUAUACUUGGAAUAUAGAAAGCAGCAUUUUAAAGCAUUAACUUUAGCUUUUCAAGCCCUUCACCUUCACAAAAAUAAGGAUGUUAAGGAAAUGUUCUUCUUAAAUCUUUAUCUAUUGCUUAUUCGGUUUUUUCUGAUAUAUUUUUUGGAUUUUAUAAUAUUUUUUAAUAAAAAUUUUAUUCAUCAUUAAUUACAUUUUAAACUUAAAAAAGAGAUACUUUCCAUAUUUCCCAUCUUAAUUUUGGAGGCACGUUUGCUGAAGAUAAUUAAUAAAAUUAAGUUGGUUAUUUAUGUUUAAAAUAAUAAAUUGCCUUUGAUUUUUUAGUUUAAUAUAAAAAGUUAUUUAAAUCUGGAUAAGAUUUUUUUAUAUAUUAUUAAAUGAUAUUUUUCCACUAAAUUUAUUCGUAAUUAAACUUUUAAUUAGAUUUAAACAUAUAAUGCCCUAAUUAUAAUUAUUCAUUAACCAUAUUUAAUAUUUUUUAUGAGCUGUUUUCUGAAAUUAUAUCACU